AUGCCCCUCAGUGGCGCCCCCCCGCCCCCGGACGCGCCGAGCAAGCUGAGCGCGUCCCAGGCCUUCAAGGCCGCGCUGCUCGUCGGCGUCGUCGUCCAGAACGCCGCGCUCAACAUCGCCGCGCGCUGGUCGCGCGUCGAGGCCGAGGCCGCGUUCGCGGAGACGGGCUGCGGCGCCGCGGCGACGACGGUCGUCCUCACGGUCGAGGUCGUGAAGAUCGCCAUGGCCCUGCUCCUCUUCGCCCUGGAGAGCGGCGGCGUCGCGCCGGCCUGCGCCGAGCUCGCGCGCGUGACGCGCGCGGAGCCGGCCGAGUGCGGCAAGAUCGCCGUGCCCGCGCUCGCGCUCAUCUACGUCGUCCAGAACAACCUGCUCCUCGUCGCCGCGGCGAAUUUGGAGGGCCCCGUGCUCGCGCUCUUCGGCCAGCUCAAGAUCCUCACGACGGCCGUGUUCUCGGUCGCGCUCCUCGGGCGGACGCUCGGCCCGCGGCGCUGGGCCGCGCUCGUCGCGCUGACGGCCGCCAUCGCGACGGUCCAGGUGUCGCAGCUGCGGCCCGCGCCCGAGUCCGGCGACGCGGGGACGAAGAACGUGCCCCUGGGUUUGGCGCUCACGCUCGUCGUCGCGACGCUCUCCGGCUUCGCGGGCGUCUACUUCGAAAAAGUGUUGAAAGGGUCGCGCAUCUCCGUCUGGGUGCGCAACGUGCACCUCGCGGCCAUCUCCUCGGUCGUCGCCGGCGCCGCCGUCGCGUCGCGCGACCGCGGCGCGCUCGCGGCGUGCGGCUUCUUCGGCGGCUACGGCCCCGUGGCCUGGGGCUACGUGCUCGUCCAGGCCGUCGGCGGCCUGCUCAUCGCCGCCGUCGUCAAGUACGCGGACAACAUCCUCAAGGCCUUCGCGACGUCCGUCGCCAUCGUCGUCGUCGCGCUCGUCUCCCACGCCUUCUUCGCCUUCGAGCUCAGCGGCCUCUUCUUCCUCGGCGCCGCGGGCGUCGUCUACGCGAUCUUCCUCUACGGCGACCUGCUCCGGGACGUCCCGGGCUGCCGCGACUGCCCGCCGGCCCUCGGCGGCGCGGAGGUCCGGGAGCCCGCGGACCUCGAGACGAACUAA